CCUACCUACAUAGGUACCUAGUAAUCAGAUUCCUCGACUAUUUACCUAUCCAUAAGUGAUUUGUGCUACGCCAGGUACCUUUAUAUCUUCAUUAUCAUCCCAAGAAUCAUCCAUAUAUUGAUUCACUCAAGAGUUCGAUGGUAUUCAUCUGCCUACCAAGGUAGUAUAGCUCAAAUCCCGCCUAGCUGCUACUUCUUAUAUCGUUUCUUGUCUCUUUACUUAUCCCUUUCUAGGCUUUUAUAGAGCAUGUUUUGAUACCAAAUUUAUCGCACCAUUUUAUCCACUCUAUCUUGCCUUGUAGUUGGACUACUUUCUUGUUAUCUCUCUCAUCCACAUUCCGUCUGUAUUCUUGGUCUGAGUUGUUAUCGAGAUUGCUUCAAGUCUCUCUUGUACCCAUCAUGUCAACGGUUCAACAAAAGGUGGCUACUUGGAGCUCAGUCGCUUUGCGGGUUGUGACUUAUGUCUUUCUCAGAAUCAUCCCUGGCCAUCCAUGGCCGCCCCUCAUAUACACCCUUUUUGCACUAUAUGUGCCCUCCUUCGUUUAUAGUCACGUAACACAGACUCCAUAUACUGUAGUAGAAGAUGAUAUCAAUAUCACCGUUCUAGAGACUGAGCACGAAGACCAGCCGUUCAUACCUGCGGCAGAUUCUCAAAAUAUAUCGGGCUCGGACAAACCAAAGCACGUGGAGGAAGAAGUUGAAAUAGACGAGACAGUGGUGAUGGAGAAGAAAUCACCUAGACCAUUCCAUACACUUUUGACAGGCGCUCCUGAUCCAGUAUCAACUUUGCUCUCGAUUUUGACCUUCUUGAUGAACGUGGGCUUGGUUCUGGCCACAAUAGAUCUGGUGUAUCAUGCGAAAGUUUUGCAUCCUAGCACGGAGCUUUCAUUCGCACGAAUGGGCUACAUUGCCCCUACGGAAGCAAAUCUACUCGUUCGAGAACCGGAUCUCUCUAAACUUCCCAUAUCCAUCACCUACAAACCAGCAAAUCCGGCAGGUGCUUACGAAGACCAACCACAACUCGCUGGAACAAUCCGUACUCUGUCAGAAGCCACGGAUUUCACACAAGCUUUAAAAUUUCCACUGCCAAACCGCCCUGAAAGGACCUAUCAAUGGAUGACAUCAAAUAACCACACCGGAUUUUUCACAACUCCUCCAAAACCUGGACAUCUUCCUCAAUCAGGUUCUUUCACAUUUUUUACAUCCAGUUGCAUUAAGCCUCGCUUUCCGUACAACCCCUUUGACCACGCUUUGACAAUUCCUGGUUUCAAGCACAUGGCAGAUGUAAUUAAGACGAUUCCCGGAGGCUCCCAGUUCAUGCUGUUCCUCGGUGACUUUAUUUAUAUUGAUGUCCCGAAGAGGUUUGGAGUGAGUGUGGAGGACUAUCGCCGCGAGUACAGACAAGUUUACAGCUCUCCAGAUUGGCCGGCCGUUGGGCAAAAUUUAAGCUGGAUACACGUGCUCGAUGAUCACGAGAUUGCCAAUGAUUGGGAUAAAAAGACUGCUGGGACUUGUCAGAUUUACGAAGCCGCCGCUGAUCCGUGGCAUCAUUAUCAAACAGCCGUUAAUCCUCCUCGAGCUCGUCAAGCGGGGACUUAUAACACUCUCAGAGACGGCGCAACCUACUUCGAGUCCACCCAAGGGCCUGCUUCGUUUUUCUUGAUGGAUACCAGGACUUACCGAGACUCUUCUUCAGAGCUCCCCACCAACAGCACUGGAAAGUCAAUGCUUGGUGCAGAACAGCUUGCUGAUCUCCUCGACUUUCUCAAGAAGCCUGAGCCCAAAGGUGUCAAAUGGAAAAUCAUAGCAUCUAGCAUUCCAUUCACGAAAAACUGGAGGGUGAAUAGUAUGGAUACAUGGGCUGGCUACCUCAACGAGCGCCAGGUGAUUCUCGAAGCUAUGUGGGAUGUGGGCCUCCGUGGAGGCUGUGGGGUCGUCAUCAUCAGUGGAGAUAGACAUGAAUUUGCCGCAACAGCCUUUCCGCCUCCCUUGAAUGGUCGUUGGCCAGUCAGUGCAACAGUGAAUGAGUUCUCUACAAGUCCUCUCAGUCAAUUCUAUCUGCCGGUUCAUACUUAUUGGCAAACUGAUGAGGAAGAUAUACAGAUCAAGUAUAUCCCAGGCGGUAAUUCAAAGUUAGGAGCCAUCACAAUUGAAGAUACUGCUAGCGACCAAAGUACAUUAAAAUUCCGUCUCUAUGUAGAUGGUCGUGAGGCUUGGUCUUCCCUCCUUCUCUCACCACCUGCUAACCCCGGGAGUCGCUGGACUAAGGAAGCUUUUUGGAGGUAGAUUAACAGUGACAACUAGAUAUGAUGUAGCCAGCAAUAGAGACUUGCGGAACAGAAUCAAAUAUCAUCGAAAACUCAAAUGUCAGGUGAUGAUAAUCACUAGGGGUGUUCUGGCUUCUUGUGUUUUAGGACUUCUUGUUUGAUCAAUACUGGCUGUCUGGUUUUGCUUUCUAUGUCGCAUGAACAAUGAAGUUCUAUUAGCCACAGAUACUGGGGAAUUAGUAGGAUUCUCCAGAUUCCGGAUUGGUCAGCAUUGAUGGUGUACUGAUUCAUCCUUUGCCAUAUGUUGAAGUCUUCAACACGGGUAGCCAAUUUUGAAAUUAUGGCUCUUCGAGUCCCGAAAGACUUGAUAUCCAAUUUUUAAUCAAGAUUAUGGACGCGUUGAAACAAAUCAGAUGGCAGUGCAGGCAAAAACGUGCACAUGAUCAAUAUGUAUAAAAUAUCCUGUUUCAAUAAUAAGCCGAUCAUGUUACAACCAAGCCAUAGAUACCUGUCGAGUUAGUACAACUAAUGGGUGUUGAAUAGUGAAUCUCGACUAUCCUUAUGCUUGUAGC